CAUAUGGUAGAGUUUCCCUAUAAAUAAUGCAGCCUGUUUCUCUGGUUUCCAUCCAAGCCUCUCUCUUACAUUUCAUAGUUCUGUCAAAGAUUGUCAACUUUAAUGGAGUUUCAUCUCCUUCUCCUCUCCAUAUUCGCAGUGCUUUCUCUGACACACGUGGCAAGCCAUGCAGCUCUGUCUCCCCAAGCUUACUGGCACUCGGUGUUGCCAAACACUCCCAUGCCCCAGGCUGUCAAGAAUCUUCUACCACAGGAAGCCAACUUGCGCAGAAGUGAUAAGGAUGUUGUAGGGCAUAUUGAUUUUGCUAAAGCCAACGUGCGUAGAGGGGAUAAGGAUGCAAGAGCGAUUCUUUACAACGUGGGCAGAGGGGAUAAAGAUGCAAGAGCGAUUCUUUACAACGUGGGCAGAGGGGAUAAAGAUGCAAGAGCGAUUCUUUAUUUUGCUGAAGCCAGCAUUAAUCGUCAACUACAUUAUAACCUCAAUGAAACAAUAUAUUUCUUGGAGGAGGACAUCAAACAAGGCACAAAGAUGAACUUGGACCUCUCUAAAGAAGCAAAUAGAGUAACAUUCUUACCUCGAACAGUUGCUCAGUCGAUGCCCUUUUCAUCGAAUGAGUUUCCUAAAAUUCUGAACCAAUUUUCUGUGAAACCCAAUUCAGCAGAAGCCAAGAUUAUGAAAAAAACAAUUGAAGUUUGCACAGAGAUGCCUGCCUUUAAAGGAGAGCUGAAAUAUUGUGCAACUUCAUUAGAGUCGAUGAUUGAUUUCUGCACUUCCAUGCUUGGCAAAAGAGUCAAGGCAUUGUCGACAGAGUUGGAAAAAGAGACUCAAUUGAGGAAGUAUAGUGUUGUGGGAUUCAAGAAGAUUGGUGGUGAUGAAGUGGCAGUGUGUCAUAUGCUCAAGUACCCAUAUGCGGUGUUUUCCUGCCACAACGUGCACUCGACCAAAGUGUACAUGGUUUCAUUGGAAGAUGCAGAGGAGGGCGGGACAAAAGCGACAGGUGUGGCAGUGUGUCAUAUAGAUACAGCAGCAUGGAGUCCCAACUUCGAGGCUUUUCAAAUGCUCAAGGUCAAACCAGGAACUGUCCUUAUUUGCCAUAUUCUUCCUGAAGAUAAUAUUGUCUGGCUUCCUAACUAAAUCUGUCUAUAUAUAUUGUGGUUUUAAAUAAUGUGUCGGCAUAUGUAUCGAUAUCAGCUAUACGGUUACGUAUCGAUUGAUAUCGAAUUGUAUUGACCGAUAUAUUAAUGAAUAACAGUAUCGAAAGUCCUCAAUCCCGAUA